UAAAAUCAAGCUCUUAUCUGUUAAUAUACACUCCAUGGCUUCAUCUCCUUUCUCCAUUCCCACAUCAAACACCUUUCUCUCUGUCUCUCCCAUGGAUUCUCUCUCUUCUUCUCCGCUUUCCCCUUACUAUCACCUCAUUUUUACUGCAUUUGCGUUCCUCAUUUCAGCCUUGAUCUUCGUCUUCUCCCGCAAAUCUACAGCCAAGAAGCUCAAUCUGCCGCCGGGGCCUCCCGGGCCGCCGGUGGUCGGCAACCUGUUCCAGGUCGCGCGCUCCGGGAAGCCAUUCUUCCAAUAUGUUCGCGAGCUGCUUCCCAAGUACGGUCCCAUUUUGACGCUGAAGAUGGGCACGAGAACCAUGAUUAUCAUCAGCAGUGCUGAGUUGGCCUACGAGGCUUUGAUCGAGAAGGGCCCGAUUUUCGCCAGCCGGCCGAGGGAGAACCCGACGCGGACCAUCUUCAGCUGCAACAAGUUCACCGUCAAUGCCGCCGUCUACGGCCCCGUGUGGCGGUCCUUGCGGCGGAACAUGGUGCAGAACAUGCUCAGCACCGCCAGGGUCAGGGAGUUCCGCCGGGCGCGGGAGGUGGCGAUGGAUAAACUUAUUGACAGGCUUAAGGCGGAGGCGGCGGCCAACGACGGCCUCGUUUGGGUGCUCAAGAACGCCAGGUUCGCAGUGUUUUGCAUACUCUUAGCCAUGUGUUUCGGCGUGGAAAUGGACGAGGAGAUGAUUGAAAAAGUGGACCAGAUGAUGAAAACUGUGCUCAUCGUUCUUGAUCCGAGAUUGGAUGAUUAUCUCCCACUCUUGAGCCCAUUUUUCUCCAAACAGAGAAAAAGGGUUCAAGAAGUGAGAAAAGAGCAAAUCGAAACCCUCGUCCCUUUGAUCGAAAAGCGGCGGAACGCCAUACAGAACCCUGGUUCUGACAAAACUGCUGCGUCAUUCUCGUACCUGGACACCCUCUUCGACCUCAAAAUUGAAGGGAGAAAAUCAGCUCCGUCCAACCCGGAGAUCGUAACCCUCUGCUCGGAAUUCCUCAAUGGCGGCACCGACACCACCGCCACCGCCAUCGAGUGGGCGGUUGCGAGGAUGAUCGAGAACCCGGAAAUCCAGACCCGACUCUACGAUGAGAUCCGAUCGACAGUCGGCGAGAAACGAGUCGACGAGAAGGACGUAGAGAAGAUGCCGUACUUGAACGCCGUCGUAAAGGAGCUCCUACGCAAGCACCCACCAACCUACUUCUCACUGACGCAUGCCGUCACUGAGCCCGCGAAGUUGGCGGGUUACGACAUCCCGACAGGCACAAACGUCGAGUUUUUCUUGCCGGGUAUUUCAGACGACCCGAAUAUAUGGACCAACCCGGAGAAGUUUGACCCGGAUCGGUUCUUUGCGGAUCGGGAGGACGCGGACAUAACGGGUGUGAAGGGAGUGAAGAUGAUGCCGUUCGGGGUGGGGCGGAGGAUCUGCCCCGGGUUGAGCAUGGCGACGGUGCAUGUGAACUUGAUGUUGGCCCGAAUGGUGCAGGAAUUUGAGUGGGCGGGUUACCCGGAUAAGGGGAAAGUGGACCUUAGUGAGAAGCUUGAGUUCACUGUAGUGAUGAAGAAUAGCCUGAGAGCCAAGAUCAAGGCAAGGGCAUAGUGGUAAUUAAACAUAUGGGUUGCUGCUUAUAAGAUAUAUUGUGGUUCAAGUUUAUAAUUACAGGUUGCCCUAAACAUUUUCUUGAUUUGUAUUUUGUUCAAAGAUGUUUGGUUGGUUUCUCUUUAAGGGUUUUGAUAUUUGUAA